AUGGAGAAUACCAACCGGGGGGCUGACAAUGUGCCCAAAGGGACCAAUACUUUUAUCCCUCCCAGUAUAGAUUGCGCCCGGUUGUUCUCUGGUGAAUCCUUUUCGUAUUAUUCGCCUUGCCCUGUCGCAAUUACGAGUCAAGACGUAUCAUCGGUCUCCCUCGAUGAUGCCAAUGGAUUUACGCCAUGUGUUUUGGGUGUCGACGAAGCCGGCCGUGGACCUGUUCUGGGUCCCAUGGUUUACAGUGCCUUCUAUCUACCACGCGACCUCCAUCACUCCCUCCUAGCCCGAGAUCACAGCUUCGAUGACAGCAAAGUCCUUACGCCUGGUGUGCGCGCCAAUUUGAUGCAGAUGCUUUGUACCCCGGGCCAUUCCCUUUUUGAAUCCUGCGGGUGGGCAACAAAACUUCUUUCUGCGCGUGAUAUCUCAUCGGGGAUGAUGCGACCGGGGGCCGGGGCCUACAACCUAAACGCGCAGGCAAUGGAUGCAACUAUUGAGAUUAUCCGCGGGAUUGUAGAGGAGCGAAGUGUGGAUGUCAAAGAGGUGUACAUCGAUACGAUUGGAAAUCCGGCAACAUAUCAACAGAAGUUGGAGCGGAUUUUCCCCACACUUAAAAUCACUGUUGCGAAAAAGGCGGAUUCUCUGUAUCCUUGUGUCAGUGCCGCAAGUGUAGCCGCGAAAGUGACCAGGGAUAUUGCCCUGGAACUGAGCUACGGAAUAGUGCGCGAAGCUUUGAAAAUCGAAAAAGGCACCACCGAGGGCUGGGGCAGUGGGUAUCCCUCUGACUCCAAAUGUUCCAGCUGGCUUCGAAAAAAUAUGAACCCAAUCUUCGGAUGGGGUAACGAGUGUCGAUUUAGCUGGGGCACCGCAAAGGAAAUGCUCGAAACGAAAGGGGGCACCAAGGUCGAUUGGCCGGUCGAAGAGGAAGAGGGAGCGCAACUCAAAGACUUUCUCUUGCUGUCUGGCACAACAAAGGGUACAGAUCGAGAUGAUCUGCGUGAUUGGUAUGGGCACAAAGCAGCAGAGAUUCUUUGA